CCUCCUAAAACAGAAAAUGACUUGUUGGCUCUUCCGACUGGCUCUGCUCUUGACUUGCGUCCUCUCCAUUCGCUGCACCCCUGCGCCAAGUACCGGUACCGAGGGGGAGGCGCACGCACCGUCCCGGGAUAGCUGCGCGUCGUGCGGCGUCGCUCAACCGGAGGACGCAGAGUCCGGCCGGCUGGACGUGGACUUUCUGGAGGCAGUCAAGAGGCACAUCCUGAGCAGGCUGCAGAUGCGGGAACGGCCUAAUAUUACACACCCGGUACCGAAAGCCGCCAUGGUGACGGCGCUGCGGAAGCUGCACGCUGGGAAGCUGCGCGAGGACGGCAGGGUGGAGAUCCCCAACUUGGACGGACACCCAAUGAGCAACGAGGUUCUAGAGGAGAGCUCGGAGAUCAUCAGUUUUGCAGAAAAAGAUGACCUCGUGACCUCCAAGUCCAGUUUGUUCUUUCUGAUCUCCAGCGAGGGCAACCAGAACCUCUACGUGACGCAGGCCACCCUCUGGCUCUACUUCAAGCUUCUACAGCCCCCUCUUGAGGUGCGGUCAAGGCGCAAGGUGACAGUGAAAGUUUACUAUCAGGAACCAGGCCUGAGCAGCAAGUGGAACCUGGUGGAGAAGCAGGUGGAGCUGAAACGGAGCGCGUGGCACACCUUCAUCUUGACUGAUGCCGUGCGGUUAGUGUUUGAGCAGGGCGACCGGCGUCAGAACCUGGAUGUGCGCUGUGAGGGCUGUGAAGCGAGUGGUGUCAUGCCCGUACUCCUCAACCGUAAUGAUGAGUCGCACCGACCCUUCUUGGUGGUGCAGGCACGACAGGUGGAUCCCAAGCAUCGGAUUCGGAAGAGAGGACUGGAAUGCGACGGCAGCAGCAGCCUGUGCUGCCGCCAGCAGUUCUACAUCGACUUCCGACUUAUAGGCUGGAACGACUGGAUCAUUGCACCGUCAGGCUACUUUGGGAACUACUGCGAAGGGAACUGCCCCGCCUACAUGGCGGGGGUCCCUGGCUCAGCAUCGUCCUUCCACACGGCGGUGGUGAACCAGUACCGCAUGCGGGGGAUGAGCCCCGGCUCUAUGAACUCCUGCUGCAUCCCAACCAGACUGAGCACCAUGUCCAUGCUCUAUUUUGAUGACGAGUACAACAUUGUCAAGCGUGACGUCCCCAACAUGAUCGUAGAGGAGUGCGGCUGCGCUUGACCCUUUCAGGUGGACAUGGAGCUGACAGUGUGAGUGUGUCCCAACCGAACCAUGUGGAUGAUGCACAAAAGUGCACGAGUACACACAGCCCUCGCCACGUUCUCACCGUGCACUUGCAUAUAUGCCUGUAUAUAUAUUUAUGUUUGUUGAUGUAUUUGCAUGGUUGUGUGCUCGGAGAUGACCUUUCGUCCACAACAACCUCCCACCUGAAGUUGCCACCAGCCAAUCGUGUCGUAAAAUCACAGAAUCCUCUGGCUGGCAAUGUCUCAACUCACACUGAAUAGCACUUGCAGAUUGAAAUGCCUUCCGUGAGCACUAGGUGGCGCCUUGCCAGUCAAAGACACAAGUGCCGCAUGAGCUAUGCAAAAUAUCGUAUUUAGCACACAGCAAACAAGCGACAAACUAUCAGCAAUACUUGAAAUGUAUGCAUAGUGAGUAGCGAGGGGGGGCAAGUUUGCUCUCCGGAACGUUCCCACUUUGUUCAGCGGCUUAGUUGAGCACACCAUCACGCCUCUUGCAACCUCUGCUCAGCCCCUUCCCCUCCUGCCACUCCUGUUUCCUCUGGGACGGGGGGAUAUUUGCACUGAGGAGCGGCGAGGCUGCCAACACGGGAUAUUAAAUAUUAAAGUUAUUUUUAUAGAACUGUGUUCAAGGAACCAAAGAGGUUUACGAGUGCUGUCAUGAGAGGCCUAAACACUGUCAUGUGAUUCAUCAUCAUCUUCAUCUCUGCCUAGAAGAUGUCUUAUUUUGUAAUACACUUUUUUUCUAGUUUGCUUCUUUAUUUUUUUUUUAGCUUCAUUUAGAAUGAAGCCCGUGUGAUGUGUGUACAGUAACAUUCCUAUGUUUUCUUCAUGGUAACUGUUGCAAAAAUAAAUGUCUUAUUACAGAGUCUUUAGAGUUUCUUGGGUCAUGUGACAUUGAUGUGCUCCUUCCUACUGGCUGGGAUACCUUGACUGGAAUGUUUGGAUUGUCUCGGGUUUUCCAUCUAUCAUAUUUGAUAGGAGAUAAAACACUGAGAGGGCAUAAAGAAUAUA